UCCGGGCAGAGAGCAGCUGAGAUGGCAUUCCUCCGGCUUUGCUAGAGAGUCCCCAGAAGGCAUACUUCCGCUGUCCUAGAGAGGCCACGGCGAAGUGGACCCACAAGUGCACCCGCACCGCCGCCAUCCGGGGAGUAACGUGAAGGUUCCGGCGUCCGUUGGUAAGCGGCCGGGAGAGCGGGUGCACCACCCCGAGCGGCGGGGCACGGUGUGCGGUGUCCUGACCCCGAGGAGAUGCCGCGGCCCAGUACCACAUUGGCUUGCUUCCUGAAGCUAUAAAUCUUGAAAUCAAGUAGACUGGGCUGACGAGAUGACUUAGUGGGUAAAGGCUCCUGAGUUUGGUCCUUGGAACCCAUAGGAUAGCGAGUAUGGACUCCUGAAUGUUGGCUAUUUCAGUCUCUUACCAGUGACUUCUGAUGACUUUGCAAAUAACAUUGUGCGCUACCAUGCUGAGAAGAUACUCCCAAGGAUGCAGCAGUGAUUCAGUAAAAGCAGCAGACGUGUUUUGUGUUUAUCUGGGUGACCCUGACAAGAGCAAUGCCUCCAGGCAGGUGUUACGCUGCCCAUUCAGCUCAGGCUUCCAGGGAACACCUUCGUACAGUAAAGAAAGAAGAGGAGGAAGAUGGCUAUACUUUGGUUCGGACGCCCCGGCCACAGACACUUAACCGCCCUGGCCAGGAGCUAUUCCGUCAGCUCUUUAGGCAGCUUCGCUACCAUGAGUCUUCUGGGCCCCUGGAAACUCUGAGGCGGCUCCAGGAGCUCUGCCGCUGGUGGAUGAGGCCUGAUGUUCUUUCCAAAGCACAGAUGAUGGAGCUGCUGGUGCUGGAGCAGCUCCUGAGCAUCCUGCCUGCGGAGCUGCGCAUGUGGGUACAGCUGCACUGCCCUGAGAGUGGCGCGGAGGUGGUGGCUCUGCUGGAAGAGUUGCAGAGGGAUCAUCAUGGAAUACCACUGAAGGACCCAUGCCUUUCUCAGAACCCUGAUGUGCAUUGGAUAGGCACCGGAGCUCUGCAGUCUGCACAGAUAUGGUCCCCUCGCAAGAACAGUUCUGCUCCAAAGGACCAUCUGGAGCCUCCACAUAAAAUAGGCGUUUGUAACUUCCUGCCUGGGCAAGAUGAUUCUCCUACUGUCUCAGUGCCUACCCAUUUCCAGACAGAAGAGAGCACAGGAUACCAGGAAGCUUUGACUUUCCAGGAUGUGACGGUGACCUUCUCGAAGGAAGAGUGGGGGUAUUUGGACUCAGCUCAGCGCAAACUUUAUCGGGAUGUUAUGCUGGAAAAUUAUGGGAAUGUGGUUUCUGUUGUGGGGUCAUUUCCCAAACCUGCUCUGAUAUCUUGGUUGGAAGCAAGGAAGCCACGGGCCGUGAAUAUCUGCAAAGUUCAGCCUAAGAGGGAUUCAGAUACUGCCCCUGAAGGAGGUAAGCCCCAAAUUAAGUCACACAAGUUCAUCCUGAAACAGGACCCCUCAGAGUACACAGAAACCAUUUCUCUGCCAUCAGUAUGUCCUGAGACAAUUGUUUCUGAGGGAACAGGGCUCAAGGAAUCUUCUGAACAGAAGAAUGGGCCACAGAAGCCCUGUGGAAGCCCCAUACGAGUGAAAGGAGCUGACAUCAGUAAUAAGACAGAAGACUCUGAAGGACUGGGCAGCAGUGAUGCUCUUGAUGCAAAACAUGUUCAGUGUGUGAGUGUUUCUAAGAAAAAGCAACCCUUUAAACAAGGCCUUGAUAGACGCUUCAGAAGAAGAUCACACCAUUAUAACAGGAAAUGUGGGCUGAGAGAUACAGUUGAGAGAUUUGGUGUCCAUCAGAGUAUUCGUAUGAGACUAACAGAGAGCGAGGACACAGACAAGAAGGGCUUCAUCCUUAGCUCUCAUCACCAACAGGAGCACAGUACUCAUGCCAUGAGGGUGUACAGAUGCCCUGAUUGUGGGAAGACCUUUAGUAAACGUUCCCAUCUUGAAGAUCAUCAGAGAUGCCAUUUUGAACAUAAACUGUUUAAGUGCAGGGUGUGUGAGAAAGCCUUCAAGUGGCGUUCAAACUGUGUGCGACAUGAGAAAAUCCACACUGGAGUGAAACCUUAUAAAUGCAAUUCAUGUGGGAAAGCUUUCCAACGUCUGUCAGCCUGCCGCCUGCACCAGGAGACCCAUACUAAAAAGACAUCUGAGUCCAGUCAGUACAAAGAAGCUCUCACAUGCAGCUUGGAUCGCAAUCAUUUGACAAACAAGGAUGAGGAGAAACAAUUGAACUGCAGGCAUUGUGGGAAAUCCUUCAGCUGUAAGUCCUAUGUUCUUGAACACCAAAGGAUCCACACAAAGGAGAAACCUUACAAAUGUACCAGAUGUAGGAAAACGUUUCGGUGGCAGUCAAACUUUUCUCGUCAUAAGAGAUCACACCUGGAACAAGAGUUCCGUAAACAAGAGAAGUGUCGAGAAGAAUCCAAGCAGAAUAGUAAUCAGUCUCAGGAUUGUGGGAAAACUUUUACGAAAAAGAAACCACUCAUUGAACGCCGGAGGAUUCGAAAGAGGCAGAAAGCAUACCAAUGUACUGAGUGUGGGGAAACAUUUACCUAUAGGUCAGCUUGUAUUAUUCACAUGGAGAAUCAUGCUAUGGAAAGAAAUCCUGCUAGCCAGAGCACAGUGUUUCACAUUCCUCAGAGCAGUCACAAUGCAAAAGAGCCUUACAAAUGUAAAUACUGUGGCAGAAUGUUCCGAAUUCGCUCAUUCCUUCUCAUUCAUCUGAGAGUUCACACUAGAGAGAAGCCCUAUCAGUGCAAGGAGUGUGGGAAAGCCUUCCGAUGGAGUUCCAAUCUCUCCCGACAUGAGAGGAAACACUCUUUGCAACAGCAGUGUGAUUACCAUGAAAAUAGAGAGACUUCAAAGCUAGAAUCAAAAAUCCUCACUGGUCAGAAGAAGCCCUUUUGGUGUCAAGAAUGUGGGAAAACCUUUACACGUAAAAGAAGCCUUUUAGAUCAUAAGGGAAUACACAGUGGAGAGAAACGCUUUAAGUGCAACCUGUGUGAAAAAUCUUUUGACAGAAACUAUCGUCUUGUUAAUCAUCAGAGGAUCCAUGCUACAGAGAGGCCUUUUCAAUCUCGGUGGCGUGGUAAAGAUCUCGUUGGGAUACAUGCUCGUUCUGUUGACCAGAGAGAAAACAGCAGAAUAGUGCAGUUGGAACGUAGCCUGCAUUCAGAUAAUCCUGGCUUAUCUUCCUGUUGGAAUGCAAGAUUAAAUGCUCAGGAAUUAAAGCUGAGUGGAAAGAAGCCCCAUAAAGGGCGUGAGAACCCUUCUGACAAGAGUUCCAGGUUCAUUGCACUCCAGAAAGUACCCACUAAGAAAGGCUGCCACAAAUGCAAUAUUUGUGAGAAAACGUUUGGCAAGCAUUCACAUCUCAUUAGCCACAGGAGAUUUCAUACCAGAGAGAGGCCCUUCAAAUGCAAAGUGUGCGGGAAGACCUUCAGGUGGUCUUCCAAUUUGACUCGCCAUAUGAAAAACCAUGUUAAUUAAAAUGGGGUCUCUGAUGACAGUGGGGGCUGGGGUAUAGUUCCUGGUUAUAUUUCUAGAGAACUUGUAGGCAUUGGGAAAACCUUUGCAAAGGUCUGGCCCCCUUCUGUUUUGGGGGUUCUUGGUGUGGAACCUUUAAAAACUCAGGGACUCCUCAGUCUACCUGUUGAAAAGUGACGCUGGAGACCAUUGUCUUCUGGGGGCCUUACAAAUAGCGUGGCCCUUAGUUGUAGCCAAGAGUGACAGCCAGGUCUCCCUGUGUAACUCUUGCUGUGGCUAGAAAGUGUGUCUCUGUGGUCUAGUGAGAUGUGUCUGCUCUGUCCUGACUUCUGCAUGCACCAGACAUACACAUGGUUCACAGACAUACCUGGAAGCAAACUACUCUUAAGUAAGAAAUGCAUUCAAAAAAUAGUAUGAGUGUUAAAAGUCUUUAUUUUAAAAUUGCCUCUCUGAAGGUAUCUAGUUCUGCCAGGUCAGGGGUGGAGCUUUAUUUUAAGUGAGCCUUGAUCAGAUGCGUUGGGGAUACUUUUAAAACGGCUUGAGUCAAGCACUGGAUGAAAGUCAUACUCCAAAGUGCACAAUUGCUGGGUAGGAGCCCAGCUACGGACAGUUUUGAGCAGUACAGUACUGGAUGACAGCUUCUGAUUGUCUUGGCAACGGUGUCUAAUCUUGAACUUGGUGUGGGAAGCUCAGGCUUCAGUCGACAUGGUCUUUCCACUGCUUAAGGAACUGAAGUUGUGGAUGGGGAGAGACAGAUGGGCUGAGUGGAUGUCAGAUGACAUCUUGUUCACCUGGUCAUUGUGGUCAGUUCCGUCCUAACUGAAGACUGUCAGACCAAUGUGCAGAGAAGAGGCCAUAUGGGCUGUCUUAGCAAUCUCUUACAAAAGUUAGGUUUUGAAAACUCAAGUGUGAAAUGGGUGGAACAACUGGGAUUCAGACUCCUUUGUAAGUGGAAAUUAAGACAGAUUGUCGGGCAGCUUGGAAAGUCUUAGGAAAUUGUGAGUUUAUCCAGUGAGCUUCUCCUUCUGGGAUUAAUGUGAAGAAUGAUGAGCAUGAGUCAGCUCACUGCAGCAGGGUUUAGAUGGUGGGACUGGCAGAAUCCCAUUUGCCGUCAGCAGGGCAGUGCAGAGCAGAAGGUAUUUCUUUGGUACUUUGGAAAGAAUUUGAAACUCAGUGUGUGGGUAUAUCUGUAAUCCUAAUGUGGGAUGCUGAUGCAAGAGGACCAAAAGUUCAAAGCACUUGAGGAUAAAGAACAAGAUCCUGUCUCAAAACAACAAGAACAAAACAAUGACUACGAAGAAUAAUAUCCUCCAAUUCAGAAAACUACACUUGAGUUGCAGAAGCUGUAUGUAAUAUACUGUUUAAAUGAUAUUAAAGCAUAUUGAAAGUGGGCACAUCACUUUGGUUUGGGUUUUAUUAUUUAAGUGGGAUGGAGUAUUAACUCAUAGGGUGGUGGGGGGACAGUAUUGAAAUGCAUGUGUAACAUUGAGACUAGUGUCUGUUGUGUAAACAUUCCUGCUGUAUAAUUUGCGUAAUUCAAAAGACAUGAAAUAAGAGUGUAAAAUUAUGAAAUGGAAUGAUGCGUACUAACCACUGCUCCGCUGUAUUUGGGGAUGAGGUGAGAUCAUAAUGAAUAUAUGGGGGUCACUUGUGUUCCUAAAAGUUGAUACAAAUACAUCCUAAAGUUAUGAUUUAACAGGAUACUAUGUUGGAUUCUUUCAACUGUUAAAAUAUGUCAAAAUAAAAGAAAAUUAACCAUG